ACUUUUUCGGUUUUCAUGAUUGCUGCAGGUAGUUCAAAGUCCAACUUGCGAUCCACCUGUGUUGGAGGUCUCUGCUUUGGCUUCUUCUUUCUAACCUACAAUAGUUCAACUUCCAUUUUCCAAUGUCCAAAGCUCAUCACAGUCAACUAAGCCAAGAUCGUAUGCUCGGUCAGCUCUCACAAUGUGAGUACACCUUUUCAAAAUGUCGUCUACUGUCCACUAUGUGCGAUGCUGAACUAGAGAACUACAAAAACCUGUCGACGCAGAUCGCCAGCGACAUAGAGAAAGCCAAGGAGGAGAUAGAAACGACCAAGACCAAGUUCAAGGAAGCGAAAACUAUUCGCAAGAACCGGGUCGAGUAUGAAGUGCUGGCGAAAAUCAUCAACGAGCAGCCUGAUAGAAAGCAGACUUGUGAAGUUCUGUCGCAGAUUCAGAAAGAACUCAGAAAUUGGAAUAAAACUUCUACGGGGGUGCUGGGUGUUACCGAUCAAAGAGUAAAAAUUAAAAAACUGGCUGUGGCCACGCUGUGGCUGUGGGCUGCCUGA